AUGGCAACAAAUACACGUACAGAAAAAGAGAAAAUGCUUGCUAGCGAAAUGUAUAAUGCAUUUACGCCAGAAUUAUUAGGUGAACGGAAAGCAUGUCGAGAACUUGUUUAUGAAUUUAAUUCAACUCGACCAAACGAAGAAAAAAAACGUAAUGAAAUUAUUCGAAAACUAUUCGGUCAAUUCGGAACAAAUUCAGUUAUCGAACCACCCAUGCAAUGUGAUUAUGGUUAUAAUAUAUAUUGGGGUGAAAAUUCAUUUGCUAAUUAUAAUUUAGUUUUACUUGAUACAUGUCCAAUUUAUGUUGGUGAUUAUGUACUUAUGGGUCCAGAUGUGAAAAUAUAUCCAGCAACACAUCCAAUUGAUCCUCAAGAACGACUUGAUGGAUUAGAAUAUGGCAAACCUGUACGAAUAGGUAAUAAUGUAUGGAUUGGAGGUGGAACUACUAUUGUAGCUGGAGCAACGAUUGGUGAUAAUAGUGUUAUUGGUGCUGGAAGUGUUGUUGUAAAAGAUAUUCCAGCUAAUGUUGUUGCUGUCGGAAAUCCAUGUAAAGUGGUUAAACAAUUGAAAGCACCAACAAGACCACCAAAGCAGUUUCAACAAUUGACAACAAUUGAUCCUGAACAAUAA